GUUUGGGAUUAUUCGUGAAAAGACUGUAUUUGAGCGCAAUGUGUUGACAAUAGCAAACCAGCCACCAAACAGGCCUGUAUGAGAGAUCUGUGUGAUAAUGUGUCGUCUGUCUCCCUCUAGUGGUGUGUUACACAACCACAAACCUUCAGUCACAAACACAACCAGCAACUUGUGCUGUGGGAGGGGAAGGAGAGGAUGGUAAACUUGAGCAGUUCCUGAAGGAAAUAAUGUUACAGUGAUGAUUCAAAACAGGAGAAGAUACUAAAGAGAGAAGGAGACCCAGCAGAUAGGGACAGAACACACUGAUAGGUGAGAGGCAGACAUUAGGAGGACGUGUCCGUUUACUGAAUGCUGAACAAACACUGUGGAAACUGAACACAGAAGAAGAGGACAGACUGAGCAACUCGACCUGAACUCAACCUCACAGUGUAAUGUCCAAAGGUCCACAGGACUCCAGCAUGGAGCAGCUUCGGCUGCAGAGGAGAGAAGAACAAACGUCAUAUCAGAUUUUCCCCGAGCCGUCGGAGCAGAUGAAGGGCGCGGCGCGACUGAAGGAGCGUCUGCCGUCGAUCGUGGUGGAGCCGUCAGAGGAGAGCGGAGAACAGAACUCUGUCGUAGAUGAGGAGGAGGAAGAGGAGGAAGACCCUUUCCAGGACCGCUGUGACCCCGCCGGCAGCGGUCAGGAGGAGCAGGCCGACGUGGACAGAGUUCCUCGUUUUAAGCGUUCAUCGAUACCUUGUAUUCAGAUCGACUACAGCAGACUGACUCCGCCCCCUUCGCCCACAUCAUCACGCGCAGCUCCGCCCUGUUUUCGCAGCUGAACAGAUCAGAGGAUGAGAAACAUCAGCACAACUGAAGCACAAAAACAUGUGAUUUAAACCUAGCUAUAGGUUUAAAUUGAAAAAAUUAAUAAUCAGAUUGUGCUGUGUUUCCAUGUGACUAAAGUAAACGAGUGAUCACAUGACUGAAGUUCAAGAUGCUCUUUGGAUGAAUGUGAUAGUUCAAUAUUUCACUGCAGUUGUAGUGCUGAUAUAAAAUUAGAAAAAUGCAAAAUAAAUGCAUCUUCUUCCAUGGCGCUAGCAACGCCAAGGUCAUGGGUUCGAUUCUCAGGGAAAUGUGUAGGAAUUUCAAUGCAAUGUAAAUCCAUUUGGAUACAAGCAUCUGCCAAAUGCAUGAAUGUAAAUAUAAAUUUCUCUGCUGGUCUCAGGUCAUCUGUCGACUGAAAACACUUCUGAUAAGAGCCAAAUUUAAGUAUAUGAUUUAAAAGUAUUUAAAGUGUUCUUGUUUUCCAGCACAAAUAUCUAAACAUUCUUAAAUCAAGAUUAGUUGACUUGUUUUGUGAAAAAUGCAUCAAAAUGAAGUGAAUUUGUUUAAAACGAACAAAUGGGGUCAGAAAUAUAAUCUUUAUUUUCUUUUUUUAUUUUAUAAGUUUAUUUUUCCGCAUUGGCAGAUAUUUGUUCUUGUUUUAAGCACAAACUCACUUCAU